AUUUGGAUAGGCCAGAAAGUUAAGCGUCCAUUGGUAUUGGUUAACAAAGAAUGAAGCGAAGAGAAAAAAAAUGGACUACGAAUACAAGCUAAAAACGGCACAGGAAAGAGCUAAAGUAGAAGAUUUAUUUGAGUUUGAAGGUUGCAAAGUUGGUCGAGGUACAUAUGGUCAUGUCUACAAGGCGAAAAGGAAAGACAAAAGCGUAGUUAACAAUGAUGGACGAGAGUAUGCACUUAAACAGAUUGAAGGGACUGGAAUAUCCAUGUCAGCAUGCAGAGAAAUAGCACUCCUGCGAGAAUUGCGACACCCAAAUGUGAUCAGUCUGCAGAAGGUCUUCCUCUCUCACCUGGACAGGAAAGUAUGGCUACUGUUUGACUACGCUGAACAUGAUCUGUGGCAUAUUAUAAAGUUUCACCGGUCAGCCAAGGCUAACAAGAAGCCAGUGGAUGUACCGAGGAACAUGGUGAAGUCCCUUUUGUUCCAGAUUCUCGACGGAAUCCAUUAUUUACAUGCUAACUGGGUACUGCACAGAGAUCUGAAACCUGCAAACAUCCUUGUGAUGGGUGAGGGUUUGGAGCGAGGGAGGGUGAAGAUUGCUGACAUGGGAUUCGCCAGGUUGUUCAACUCUCCUUUGAAGCCACUCGCUGACCUUGACCCAGUGGUGGUGACCUUCUGGUACAGAGCCCCAGAGCUUCUCCUUGGUGCUAGACAUUAUACAAAAGCUAUUGAUAUCUGGGCCAUCGGCUGUAUAUUUGCAGAGCUGUUGACGUAUGAACCGAUUUUUCACUGUAGACAAGAAGAUAUAAAAACUAGUAAUCCAUAUCACCACGAUCAGCUGGACCGAAUAUUCAACGUAAUGGGCUUUCCUCUAGAGAAAGAUUGGGAAGAUAUCCGUAAAAUGCCAGAACACCAAACACUUAUGAAGGACUUCAAAAGAUCUAUAUAUGUGAACUGUACAUUAGUAAAGUACAUGGAGAAACACAAGGUGAAGCCAGACAGUAAACAGUUCCACUUGCUACAGAAGCUGUUAACUAUGGACCCGACGAAGAGAAUAACAUCCGAGCAGGCUAUGAAGGAUCCGUAUUUCCUGGAGGAUCCUUUACCGUCACAAGAUGUAUUUGAGGGUAAGGUUAUCCCAUACCCUAGACGUGAAUUCCUGACAGACGAUGACGACGACAAGGCAGAUACAGGGGCCAGUAAAGUUGGGGACAAGGGGGGUGCAGACCAAUCGUCCGGACACAACCAACCGCCAGCGAAGCGUGUGAGAGUUAUGCCCCCUGUGACAACAACAGGUUCCUCUAUGGUAACUAGUGACUUCCAGGGUUCCGGCUGGUACACAUACAAACCCACCCAGCACAUGCACAACGUUCAAGGAGGCAACCAGCAGGGAAUGACCUUCACCUCUGGAAACCACUCGCAGACGUCUACGUCCACAACCUACGGACAGUCACGAUUUUAGCUUUGGUCACAAUAUUUUACCGGGUAGAUAAUUACAUGAUUCCUGUAAAGACAUGGAGUCCGGAAGGUGAAAUGCACCUAAAUCCAAUCAAGAGUCAGUCCUGUGCAGUUCAUUGCCCAAUGAAUAAGAUGCAGUAGUGUAGCAGCUCAUGAACAGGACAUGUUUAUAUGGGCUUCAUCAACCAGUGAACUGGACAAAGUCAUGGAUUUUAUUUUCAUGUGUUUUACCAGGACAUGUACUGAAUAGUCAAGUUAUUUCAUCGCUCUAUGAACAGUAUGCAUGUAACAGUUUAUUUAUAGUGCAUGGACAAGGACUGGUCAAAUGUGUUUAAAUGACCCAAGUCUGGGGUAUAAGUACAUUCAUCGGACUGACUAGAGUGCAGCAAAGUGCUUAAUUGCUCCAUGAACAGGGCACAAUAGAGUGUUCAUUGUUCCAUGAACAGGGUACAAUAUAGUUUGUUUAUUGCUCGGUAACCAAGGCACAAUAAAGUGUUCAUUGCUCCAUGAAAAGGGCACUGUUGUGUGUUCAUUAGUCAAUAAGUAUGAGGUAACUGAGCGUGUUUUAUCGGACAAUGAAGAUGAUCUGUUGAGCUUCAUCAGCCUAUGACCAGGUGAAGGAAACUUGUAUGACAUACAGGGAUAAUAUUGACUAUUCACAGGUGAUUCUAUAACACAUACACAAGUUUGUAUGUGGUCAAUUUGCAAAAAAAACACAAUAACCUGAUUUUUUAAUUUGUCUGCCAUGAUGUAUGCGAGAUGUAAAAAUGUAUUAAUAUAUGGUGCACCAUUGAUCAGCAUACACAGGCCCCUAUCUACUUGUAAACUUUCUUAUCUGCAUGGAUUGUUAAUAAAAGACAAUCCAAAUAUAUUUCUUGAGAAAUAUUUUCUCAAAUCUGUAAUGUUAAUUGUGACCAAAAUGGUUGGGAUGUAGUACAGUUUAAUUAUGUAUGUUGUAUAUAUGUGAUACAUUUGGAAUUAAAAAAUUAUUUAUACAUGUAUAUGUAAUGUCAUGUAUAUGUAUGAGAAAACAUUUCCAAUGUUAACGUGAAGACAUUUGAUAGUUAUAAUGGAACUAUUUUUCUUAGAAUUGUAUGGUAUGAUGUUGAAAGUGAAUUUUGUGAGAGAAUCUGUGCAGACGUGUGUACAUGUACAUUGUAUGUGAGAAUAAAGGAGACUUCAUGAUAAUC